AUGGACACUAUCAGACAACUCAACAUGACCAAGAGUGCCUACAACAGUUUCGAAGUACAGUGGAAUAGCCACAGAACUGCGCUCGCUGUGCCCUUUUCCAACGUGAGGAACUCCCAAAGGCUACAUGAAAGGGCUGAAGGAAAUAUCUUGCUUAUGAACGAUAUUAAGCAUGAGUAUGCAGUGACAGCUGGUCAACUCAUUUUCCUCAACUCAAGAGAUUCGCCUAUUACUAGUGGCUAUAUAACUGGCUUGACGCGUCAGUUGGAAGCAAAACUCAAUGAACUCGAGCGACUAUUUCCUCAGUUAAUUGUCCAUGGAGGAAGGCCGACAACCUUUGGACACACCACAAUGCAGCAAUACUUUGAUGCAAUCAAAGAUGAAUGCCACAAAAUAUUGGUUAAAAUCUUAAGACAACUAAUUUUUUCCAUUCUCAUGAACGAUAAUGAGCUUCGUUGGCCCAAUUCGACUGGAACUGAUAAGGCUGCUAGGCUGCUAGUAUCCAUUGCCUCCUCUACAAAGAAGGUUGGAUUAGUAGUAGAUAGUAUUAGCAAUUUUGUCGAUAGAAACUUUGGAGGGGAUCCCAGUAAAAAAGUGCCCAGUGUCGCAAUUGAGCUGCAAAUGCUCAGAAACAAUGAAGAUGCUGAUUUCUUGAGACUGUCUCAAGGAAUGAAAGACUGGCAUACCCUUAGAAAGUGUGUCGAGGAAACAUCCAUUCUUGUUGAAGAGGCACAGAGAUACGAGCAGAACUUAAUCGCUCGUAUUGAUGGCAUCUAUGAAGCUGCUCGCCAGAACCACUUGAUCAAGAUAGAUUACCUCAAGUGGGUAUGGCUGUAUAAAAAAAACAAAUGCCACUUGAUGGAAAUCUUGAAAAAGAAUAAUCCACCAAGGUACAACCCCGAGGCAGGAGAUGAUGAUAUGGUAGUCGUUUGCUUUGCUGACAGAAGUGAUGUCAACCUGUUCUCGCCCAGACCACUUGCUGAUGACCGCGUAGAUGAAGAAGGCAUUGUUGGCAGUGAUAAUAAUGGUAGAGACGAUGAAGUUGAUGAUGAUGGUGAAGAGAGCGAUGGUAGAGACGAUGAAGUUGAUGAUGAUGAUGAAGAGAGCGAUGGUGGCGAGGAUGAUCGUGGUCAUGGUGAUAGUCAAACAAAUAUGGCUGACAGCAUAGCGUCUACACUAGCCUCAGUUAUGCUCGAGCAGCCUACUUAG